AUGGCUAACCUGCAGCAGGAAUACCCUGAGGUCCUUCUGGGGAUCCUGGAGGAACUGGAUAAUAUGCGCCAAUGGCUGACCUUCCAGGAUCUUUGUCGCAUGGUCAGCACACGUUUUGACCUGGAGCACCUCAUCGAGCUCAGGAGUUUGCUGUUUGCUACUGCCAGCCAGGACCCCUGUUUCCCAGCUACUCUUUUCAGAGACCGGGUUUCCACCAGAGGCCAGGGACUAUCACCCAUAGGCGUUGCUGCUGAUAUUGUAACUAUCUUCAAUCUUAUUCAGAUGACAGGUGGAGCCCCUGAUGACAGCCAACCAAUGAGAGCCCAGAUGGUCCUCCCCGUCGACCAAUCCCCAUGCCCCAGUGUGCCUGGAAUACACCAGCUGAACAUUUCUGGUCGAGAAAGAGCACGUGCCCACUCGGACUCCGGUGGCAGGCCUAUCGAUCAGCACUUGCUGUUUCCAAGAUCUAAUUACUCUGCCCACAAGCGAGCAAGUCUUCCCCCUGAUCCCACCUCACUUCUGUCCUCCCCUCCAAUCAGGGCGAGGGCUGUGUCUUUCGACUUGCCUCACACUACACUUUUGUACCCCAGUGGUCAAAUCCACAACGAGGUCAUGGAUAAUAUGUACCUGCCUUUGGAGACAGAGAGUGAGUCGAGUGGAGAUUCUGCACCCAUAGAGGUGUUUGAAGAUGAACAGGAAUCGUCUGUCGACCAGAAGAGGAACAUCUUUAGGAAGGACUUCCAUAACCAGCCGCCUCUAAUACCCCAGUUGACUGUUAACAGUGAGUCUCCCAGUCCCAACAAGCUGCCGAAUGGCUUCGACAAUCAGAGCUUUGAAACGAUCCCAAAUCCUUACCCAUCACCAGCAACAGUCAACCAAUCGACAGAGCAGCGGGCUAAACAUGAGAGCAUUGAUGACCUACAGGACUCAACAUACUUCGGACCCCGGUCAAUCCCAGAGAGGUCCCCCCGGCAUCUUCAACCUCCCAGGACCCAAAGGCACAUCUGGAGCAAUAAGAGUCACAGUCUAGAGGACCGGCUAGGCCUGUGCAGCAUUGGAAUGGGAAUGGAAUCACAAGGGGGGCAACUUCCAAGACGAUCUACCCCUGCUAUCAACAUUUUAGGGGGGUCCUCAGGAGGUGAGAGUGCGGAUAGUGGAUUGCCAAGUGGAGGCGAUGGAGUCAAGGCUCAGGGAACCCAGACAGACCCACCGGACACCCGGUGCCUCCGUAGCUUGGUCCACGCUGACCGUUUCUCCUUCAUGACCUCAUUAGACGACCCCGAGUUUGGUGAGGAUGACAUCAGUGCCAUCUUUCGUUUCUUAGAUGACAUAAGCAUGUGCGGUUCCACGGGAGUCCUGCACCCCAGCGAUGGAUCAGCGGCCAUUAACCAGGACACCCACGAGGCCAGACGUGGUCGCCUAGGGCAACUUCAAAGGCUUUUCCACUCUCUGGAAAGCAGUGAUGAUGGGCUCAAGUCCAGCGUCUGUAAACUGCUCCUCCGAAUGAGCCAGAUAGAAAGACAACUGGGGACUCUGAAUGAUGUAAAGGCUGAGAUUUCCCAGGUACUGUCUGCACUGCAGCGGCUUGAUGAAAAGAUCCAGCAGCCUAUCGGUGGUGAUGGACAAGGCACUGGUGGGCGAUGGCUGGAGCCUCUAAGUGGUGUGUCCUCCUUUAUGAGCCACCCUAUAACCCCUUCUGAGUCAUCAGAGCCUCAGCCUCUGUCUGUGUCUGAACAUCUGUUUCCAGGGACCAGCACUAGUAGUCUAGACUGGAGCCGGUGGAACAUUAACGGGGAGCAAACAGAAAGCAGCAAAGGUCAGCAUGAUUCAAAAAGGGGGAAAGAGGGGAGGAAAGAUGCAUCAUCUCGUCGCACCUCCAAAACCCAGCCUGAAGAGAAAAGUGUCUCGGAUUCCAACCCAAUCUCUAACUCUGCAAGAGACUGGACAGUGUCGUUCUCGAAAAGUAAAGAUGGCAAAGCUCCACAUGCACAGGCAGAAGAAUCAGGCAGCACGACUCACCUACUCUCCAAAAAGUCCUCCAACCUAAUGGAACAAGUGUUUAACUCGUCCCUGUUCCGCCACAAAGACAGCAGUCUGACUGGUGGACUAACCUCUGGGAAAGUCCUGGAACCCAGAUUGUCUGAUGGGAGGGUAAGGCCCAUAUGGACUGUAGAUGACAGAGAGGCACGAAUCUCCCCUUUAGACUUACAGACCCAGGAGUCUCUGAACCCCAACAACAUGGAGUUCUGGAUGGACGACAUCUACACUCCAGGCUACGAUGCUCUACUCAGGCGUAAAGAGGCUGACCUCCGCCGGGCCAAGGUCUGCAAGCUGCUUGCACUCAUUGCCACUGCAGUGGUUAUCAUUCUCAUCAUUGUCAUUCCCAUUUGCAUCAUAGGGUCAUGA